UUGCAGUGUUAUCUAAUUGAGUUGACUUAAGAACAUAUUACUUCUCUUAUAUAAACUCGAGAAAGUUUUAGUUUGAAUGGAGGCAAAGAAGUUAGUGCCUGAAGAGGCAAAUGAAGGUUAUAUUAACAAAGAAGACGUGAGUAAAAAUAUGGAAGACAGGGUUGUAGAAGUGGAUAAUGAAGAAGUAGAAGAAGAGAGCGAUGGUAGCUUUGAAGAGGAUGAGUACGAUGAAGAAAGCACUGAUGAAGAUACAGAAUAUUCUCGACGUAAAAAAUCUAGUUAUCUAAAUUAUUUUGAAGAUGCGGCGUCAGAAGGAGAAGAAGAUGAAGAAUUAGAAGAGGAGGAAGAAGCAGAAGCUGGUUUUGAAAAAGUUAGGAAAGAGUUGGCUAGCCAGCCCCCUAGAAAAGGUCGCUUUCGUGACUUUUUGGCUGACGAGAACCUUGAGAAACGUUACUCAGAACUGGAUGUCGAGAUUCCUGUUGACGAAGAAAGUAUUGGCCCUGCUAGCCGUGAGUUACAGCAACAAACUCUUAUUCCUUCCAUUACCGAUCCAAAGUUGUGGAUGGUCCGUUGCAGGCCUGGACACGAAAGACAAUCAGUCGUUGCACUAAUGCGGAAGUACAUCGACCUUGAAUUUUCUGAGAGGCCUUUGCAGAUUAAGAGUUGCUUUGCGGUGGACAACCUGAAAGGUUUUAUAUACGUCGAGGCACACAAAGACGCACACGUUAAAGCGGCUGUUGAAGGCAUGGCAGCGCUCCAGUUUGGUCAAUGGAAGCAAACGUUAGUGCCGCUGGAGCAAAUGACGGAUGUGCUGACCUGCUUAACGAAGUCGGAAUCUGUCCUUCCGGGGACUUGGGCGAGGCUGAAGCGGUCUCUGUACAAAGACGACUUGGCUCAGAUCCUUGCUUUUGACGAAAACAAUGCCAAAUGCAUCAUCAAGCUCGUUCCCCGCCUGGAAACAGGCAAUACUAAUGAUCCAUCUUCGAAGAGGACGAGGUCCAGACCCCCGCCGAGACUCUUCGACCCAGAGGAGCACGCGCGAGGAGGACUUCAAAAGAAGCGGGUGUUGGAUUUCUACUGCACUGUCUGUGACAACCAAAAGUUCGAUCCCGACGGUUACCUUAUCAAAACUGUGGAUCUUAGGGCCCUCGUGACGGAAGGCGUGCAGCCAACCAUUGAAGAAAUGCGCAGCUUUUCAUUUGGCGACAACGACGAAAUAACUGGGUUGACCCGUCGUCAGUUUAUGAUGUUUAAAAAGGGCGACCGGGUGAAAGUUGUUGAAGGCGAUCUGAGGGGCCUGCUAGGUGUGGUCGAGUCCGUUGACGGGAGCACUGCCUAUGUGAGGCCGAGGCUGGAGUCCCUGAAGGGUUUAAUCCCGAUCCCGUGCGACCAAAUGCGAAAGCACUUCGAACAGGGCGACCACGUCAAGGUCGUGGCAGGGGUCCAUAAGGGAGAAACCGGCCUCGUCACCAGUGUCGCUGAUCACGUCGUCCAUGUAAUUGGCGACCACUCCAACGAGGAGUUUGAAGUUUUUCCUCGCGACAUCAGCCUGUCGCGGGACAUUUCCAGCGGUAUGCGCCAGAGUGGCUUGUUCAAAGUGCAUGAUUUGGUAGAUAUCGACACUCACAAUGUUGGUGUUAUUCUAAAGGCUGAAAAAGACAUUUCUGCUAUACUUACCCAAAACGGCGAAGUCCGCAAAGUUCCUGUGAAAGAAAUUACAACUAAACGAAAGUUUAGAAAUCCUAAAGCGCUGGACGCGCAGAGGAAUGAGUUGCAGUUAGAAGACCCCGUUAAAGUUAUUGAGGGUCCUCACAAGAACAAACAAGGGACGUUGAAACACAUCUACAGAGGCGCCUGUUUCCUUUACUCCCGCGAUAUUCUGGAGAACAGUGGUAUGUUUGUCGCCCGGAACCACCAAGUCCUUCUGGUUGGAGCCAAAAAGAAGUCCACCGGCCACAAUUUUGAAGGAUGGGGCUUCCCGCACGGGAGCAGUCGCUCUUUUAAUGGCCAUCGCAACGCCAUAUCUUCUUCGUGGCGGGGUCCUGAUCCUUUGCGCAAUGCGAAAGUUCUCGUUACGCGCGGCACCCACAAAGGGAUUCACGGUAUUGUGAAGGACUGUACCGACAACACUGCGCGGGUGGAACUGAGCUCGACUUCGUUGAUGAUUACUAUCAACCGCCAGCAUCUCUGCGUUCUGGAUAAAUCCGGAAAUAUCAUCCAAAGCAACCCCAAGGCGGAUGCUGCUUCCAUCCCUCCGCACACUGCGCGCUACAGCGACUUUGGCAGCGACUUCUCUUUAUUCAACAGUUCUUAUUCGGACGUAUCGUUCGCUUCCCAGACGCCAGCUUACGGUCAGCAGACGCCUCUUCACGAUAGUGAAGGAGCGGGCUACUCCAGCGCGUGGGACCCUCUAAACACCAACACUCCUCUCCAGCCUUCCACUCCCGGACUUACCGAUUUGGGCGAUUCCUACACCCCUCAGACCGUCAAAAACAACUUCAGCAGCGACACUCCUCUGGGACCCCCGUCGACAGGGAAUCCGCCCUCCACGCCUGGCUGUCCGGAAUCUUCGCUCGCUUCCUAUGACGUGCCCACGCCGGGAUACCUCCCGCACACACCGGGAGCCUACGCUUCCAAUCUCCCUAAAGACUAUACCUUUUCCACGCCGCUUUCUUUUGGCGUUUCGACACCAGCAAAUUAUGAGCCGACUUUUGGCCCGGAAUCUUCCGAAUUUCCUCGCACUCCCAGUUCAGUACUUACCCCCACCAGCGAUACUUCUCGGUCAAGUUGGUUGCACCCUGAUAUUGUGGUUACUAUUGGGAUCGGCCCGUUCAAGGGCAAAAGGGGAUCUGUACGUUCAGUCCACGAGAACAGGACUGCGUGCUCUGUUUCUCUCGACACGGCAGGAGAGUUCCUUGAAUUUAAAAUUCAAGAGCUCGAGCCGGUGCGGCCAAAGCAGAAGGAAAAGAUGGUAAUACUCGAAGGGGAACUUUCCGGGCUGGCCGGCGAAGUUUUACUCAUCGACACGCAAACACGAGAAUGUAUUGUUAAACUCACUAAUGGACUUGAACGUGACAUCCUUUUAGAUUGCUUGGCCCUCAGGGCCUAG